CUCUACUUUAGUCCCUCCUCUUUCUAUUCAACGUCAGAUGAUUUUAUCGUAAAUAAACAAUAGAAAAACUACUGGCAAUCUGAUUUUUCUGUACCAAUAAUAAUUAUCCACGGUUUCCUCGUCAGCAGCGAGUGUCUAAUCCCCGCAAUUGAAAAGACAAUCACAAUAACCAGUUGUAAUUUGAAGGGACAAUGAGCACCGAUGAGAGUUCUGUAGUCGUGGUGAAGGCAAAACCCUUGAGGAAGAUCUUCAAGGCUCCAGUCAGGGUCAACAAAAUCCCCCAGGAUCUGCUUAACGAUCCUCUCCUGAAUGCAGCAAUAGCUGCACUCCCCGAAAACUACAAUUUCGAAAUUCACAAGACAAUCUGGAGAAUCAGGGAGACAAAAGCCAAAAGAGUUGCUCUACAAAUGCCUGAGGGACUUCUGCUUUAUGCAACAACUAUUGCAGAUAUUAUCGAAGAUUUUACUGAUACCGAGACUGUCAUAAUGGGUGACGUCACUUAUGGUGCUUGCUGUGUGGACGAUUAUUCAGCUCGAGCCCUGAAUAUUGAUCUCCUGAUCCACUACGGCCACUCCUGCUUGAUCCCGAUAGAUCAGACGACUGGGAUCAAAGUCCUCUACAUAUUUGUUGAUAUUAAAAUCGAUACAGCCCACUGCAUCGACUGCUUGCAAGCAACACUCCCAGUGAUCACGAAAAUAGCACUCGUCAGUACAAUUCAAUUCGCAGGAACCCUCCAAGCUAUUGCCAGAGAGAUGAGAAGCGCCGGGUACGAGACAACAGUACCCCAGAGCAAGCCCUUGAGUCCUGGAGAGAUUCUAGGCUGCACAGCUCCACAAAUUCGUUGUGCUGAUGCCCUCAUUUACGUCGGCGAUGGGAGAUUUCACCUGGAGGCUGCCAUGAUAGCGAAUCCAAGUCUGAGGGCCUUCAGGUACGAUCCGUACGAUAAAAAACUCACUGAGGAAUUCUACGAUCACGAGCUGAUGAGAACAGUCCGAGGGGAUGCCAUAGAGAGAGCGAAAAAUUCACAGACCAUUGGAUUGGUCCUUGGAACUCUUGGAAGACAGGGAAACCCUGCGGUAUUGAACGUAUUGGAGAGGAGAAUUCAAUCCCUGGGGAAGAGGAACGUCAAUAUUCUCCUGUCUGAAAUAUUUCCGGAUAAAAUUUCCAUGUUUGAUCAUGUGGAUUCGUUCAUUCAGAUCGCAUGUCCGAGGCUGAGUAUAGAUUGGGGUACAGCCUUCCAGAAACCAUUUCUCACGACGUAUGAGGGGGCAGUGUCACUGAAUCUAUCGAAAUACGAUCGAGAUAAACCGUACCCCAUGGAUUUUUACUCGUCAGCCUCUCUCGGUCCAUGGACACCCAAUCACAAGCCCAAUGAUCUGGAGAAGCAGAGUGACGCGUGUUGUGGUAAAUGUAAGAAUAAAUAAAUUUUUCUUUCGGCAUUUUUUAAGAAAUUUGUCAAUUCAGAAAAAUAAAAUAUCGAAUCUUUAACUGAGAACAAUAUUUAUCCG